AUGGAGGCGGAGGACGAGCCCUUGUUGCUCGGGGCGACGGGUGACCUGGGUGAUGACGGAAUGCAGGACGAGGAUGAUGAGGACGGUACAGACCCAGACGCCAACCCAAACACUGACCCAGCCACCACACACAUCCUGUCCCCCCAGCAAACACUACCCGGCCUGCAGGCACUCUGGCGGGCGGUGGGCUGGGUCUACACCACCCCCUGGGCCAGUGGGGCAGUGCUCGUCCUCGGCUUCCUCCUCCCCUUCGCCCUGUCGGCUUACAUGUUCCUGCGCUACCCUCCGCUGGACAUCGACCUGUCCUACAGCGCCUUCGAGGUGCGCAGCCACUCCUCCGCGCAGCACUUCGACGCCCUGGCGGUGGCGCUCAAGACGCAGCUGGGCUCGUGGGACCGGCACCGGCGCAACACCGACGACUUCGACUCUGCAGACGUGCUGAGGGACCUUCUGCUGGCCAAGCUGAACCUGUUGGGGGGCGGUGGAGGUGGGAGUGGGGGUGGGGCGGCAGCUCCUGGGGGGGUCAAGACCUUGGACGCUAAGCAGAAUGAGACAGGGGUCAAGGGGGCUGCUGGGGGGGUCAAGGACUUGGGCGCUAAGCAGUCGCGAAACGAGACAGGGAGCAAGGGGGCGGCUGCUGGGGUAAAAGACACUGCUGCCAUGAACGACACGGCUGAGGUGACGGACUUUGCUGAGGAAAAAGGCACUGCUGCCUCAGGUACGCUACAGCAACCGCAGAACGACACGGGGAGCUCUCAGGGAAACAAGGGUGUAGCAGAAAAUUCCACUCUAGCAAAGGAUGACGCAACCACAACGAUGGCUGGAGUUGGAAAUACAGAUGCGAAGGACAUUGACAACAAGGAGGGCCACGGAGUAGGUGUAUCACAGGACAACACCACCAGACCGAAGGAAGAGGAGGAAGCCACCAAGGUGAUCAAGGACACGGGAAUUCCCAAGGAAGGUGGACAAGCACAUGGCAUAGACACUGGACUAGGGGUGGACACCGAUGUUACCAAGGAAGGUGAACCAGUACAGGACAUAGACCAUGGAGGAGCACAGGACAAAGUAAAUAGCUCUGGACCAGUACAGGGCAACACCACUAGCACUGGAGUAUCCCACAAUGCAACGGCUAGUGUUGGACAGGAUGCAGGAAGCAGGGUUUUAGGAGGAGUCACCAACAGGAAGCGAAGAUCCACUGGCUCCACCUACUCCUACCUGCAGAGCCAGGCGCUGUGGAGGGUGGAGCUAGUCUUCGUCGCCCAGGGCGACAACAACAAAGGUCGUCAUGGCAACAGCAGUUGCCACAGUGACGGCGACCGCAACAUCUUCACGCCGGAGCGGCUGCGUGCCAUCCACCGCGUGGAGCGGAUGCUGAUGGAGCAUCCCCAGUUCCAGAGGUUCUGCUGGAAGCCGGUGGAGCUGUUGAGGGACCUUCCUCUGGGGCCGUCGUACUGCGCCCCGCCCAGCUCCGUGCUCUCCUACCUCUUCCCCAGCGAGCGUGCAGGCAGGAUAUACUUCGAUGGCAUGGGACCCGACCUCGCAGACAUACGCGGUGCCUUGAGUCUGGCCAUCACCCACCCCCAGUUCUACUGGUACGUGGACGAGAGCUUGACCCCCGACAACCUCUGCUCCUCCCUGCUGCGCAGCGAGAUCCACUUCGGCGCCCCGCUGCCCUCCUUCUACUCGCUGCAGGACCGGCCGCAGGAGCAGAGGAAGCGCUUCCGGGACUUUGUGGUGCAGUACGCUGACCUCCUGGCACGGCAGUCCAACAGCCAGGUGAAGGUGCUGUAUGGGGGCACGGAGCUGUUUGACGAUGAGGUCAGGCGCACCUUCCACAGCGACAUGCUGCUGGCCGUGUUCAGUGGAGCCUGCAUCUCCAUCCUGGUCUACAUCCUCACAUCCUUCUCAGUGUUUCUGACCUUCUUCGGCCUGGCCAGCAUCGGUCUGAGCUGCCUCAUGGCCCUCUUCUUGUACCAUGUGGUGUUUGGCGUUCGCUACCUGGGCAUCCUGAACGGCGUAGCAGCUUUUGUCAUCAUAGGCAUUGGAGUGGAUGACGUGUUUGUGUUCAUCAGCACCUUCCGCCAGGCGUCCCACCUCCAGGGCCAGCCGCUGCAGCGCGCCGUCUACACCAUCAAGACAGCAGGCCGAGCUACCUUCCUCACCUCCUUCACCACCGCAGCCGCCUACGCAGCCAACACCUUCUCACAGAUCCCUGCGGUCCACGACUUUGGCCUGUUCAUGGCACUCAUCGUGAGCUGCUGCUGGGUGUGGGUGUCCAUGUUGAUGCCCGCUGCCCUCUGUGUCUGGAGCCACUGCAGGGCUGCCCAGGGGAAUGCCUGUCUGAAAUGGUGGAGCGUCAUCUCCAGUCUGUCGGUGAGUCACAGCCCUCUCUCAGAUGAGGACGACGUGGCCCUGCUGUCUGUGGAGAUGGAGAUAGACUCCCUGGAUGUGGAGGCUGACACUGCCUUGCUGUCCCUGAGCGUGGAGCCUUUGCAGGGGUCGACGGGGAAGGGAGGGGUGGGGGUGGUGAGCACCCAGCUCCAGAGGCUGCUGCAGCGCUGGGUCGAGCCCGUAGUAGAGAGACGCAAACUGGUCAUCGGUGUGUAUGUGUUGGUCUUGCUGGCAUCUGCGUUCUGCUGCUGUCUGCUGAGCCCUGCUAGCCACGCCCCUCUCCUGUUCCGACGCGACUCCAACAUCCAAACACUCCUCAAUCUCCGCGGCAACCUGAGUGCUCAGGGCAUCUCAUGCCCCACCUGUUCAGGAGCCUUUAUGGAGAGACCCCAUUUCCUGCACAGCGUUGGCCAUCACACGCCUGCUGGGUUGCGACAGACAUCAGCACAACAGCAGCCGCGCACACACUCCAUAGCCAUGAAUGCUGCUACGCAUGGGCAGAACAAACCAGCCGCCUCGCCUACCUCUCAAUCAGGGAUGAUCACGGUGUACGUGUCCAAGCUGGCCUUGGGCUCUGCUAUCACGCUGUACCGCUUCUCUCUCAACGCCAGCAUCCCGUCGCCAUGGACACCCCUGACACCAGGCCACGGGGAGGUGCCGUCCUUCCAGGCGUAUGGUAGUCCCCAUAGCAACUUCAGCAGGCGUCUGACGGUGUGCGUGUCUCAUGCGUACCGCCCACACCCCCACUGGAUGAUCACCUCUCACUCCUGUGACCAACACCACAGCUGGACAGUCGAGUUCAGCUUCUACGUGGCAACAGCGCAGCAGCAACACAGCAGGCGGCUGUAUUUCGCCCAGCACCGCUUGAGUCCUCACCCCAGCAGAGUGUGCGCUGAGCCCCCAGGCUGUGUGAUCAGCAGCGGCCCAGAUGGACCUACUCAAGGCAGCUUCUACGCACCGCUCAAAGCAGAUCCAACCCCACCGGUGGUGUCCAAGACAUCAGGCUUUAACCCAUGUGGAGGAGGCGUGUGUGGGAAGCCGGCUGUACGCCCCCUGGUGGACACGGGUGCCAUGGUGUUCGUGGUGUUCGGCAUCCUGGGUGUCAACCGCACGCAGUACCUUGACAACCACGUCAUCGGAGACAUGGGCAGCGUAAUCUACGACCCCAGCUUUGACCUCUUCAAAGAGAUCGGCCAUCUCUGCCAGCUCUGCAAAGCCAUCAGUGCCAACACCAAGCUGGUGAAACCAGGAGGGGCGCAGUGCCUACCAGCAGGCAGCAGUUUAUCCAGCAUCCUGCCUCUGAUGCACCCAGAGUGCCACUCCCUGCCGGAGCCCAACCUGCUGCCAGGCCAGCUCUCCCAUGGGGCCGUGGGCAUGCAGGGCGGACGCAUACGCUGGAUAUCCAUGGCCUUCGAAUCCACUACCUACAAGGGGAAGUCGUCGUUCCAGACGCAUGCGGACUACAUGCAGUGGGAGAGCUUCCUGCAGGAGCUGCUGUCCUCUCUGCCCCCCACCUCCUCCCUGCACAGCGGCUUCCAGACCUGCGAACACUGGAAGCAGAUCUUUAUGGAGAUUAUAGGUGUGCAGAGCGCCCUCUACAGUCUGCUGUUGUCACUGGUCAUCUGCAUCGCCGCUGUCUCCGUCUUCACCGCCCACCUGUUACUCCUGCUGCCCAUCCUGCUCAGCAUUCUGGGUGUGGUGUGUACGGUGGUAGCCAUCAUGUACUGGCUGGGCUGGGAGAUGGGGGCGGUGGAGGCCAUCUCUCUCUCCAUCCUGGUGGGCUCCUCUGUGGACUACUGCCUGCACCUGGUGGAGGGAUACCUGUUGGCCGGGGACACCCUCACCUCCCCCAUCACCUCCCCACUCACCUCCACCUCCCCCGGAUCACCUGACCCACAGGACCAUUCCGGCCGCCGCACGCUGGAGGCCGUCAACCACGUGGGCGUGGCCAUCGUCUCCAGUGCCGUCACCACGGUGAUCUCCACGCUGCCGCUCUUCUUCUGCGUCAUCGUGCCCUUCGCCAAGUUCGGCCAGAUCGUGGCCAUCAACACGGCCGUGUCCAUCCUUUUCACUUUGGUGGUUACCACGGCUCUGCUGGCCGCCAUGGGCCCCCCCAGGGACUUCCGCAGGACGCCCAGGGCCGUGGCCAAGGCCUGCCUGGCGGUGCUUACCGCCGUGGGGCUGGGGGCCGUGGUGUUCUGGGUCGGGGGCCUGAUGUUCCCUGGUGGUCCCUGGUACACCUGGUUCAAAGUGUAAAAUUAUACGGUUUGCUUAUUUGUGGAAAAGGCGAUGAUGUCACAAUGGAC